ACGCACCUGUUGGCGAUACGGUUAGUGAAUGCGAUAAUCUGGGCGAGACAUGUCAAAGUGGGUGGGAAUGAACUGGUCAUCUAAAUGACAUGGAAGAGAACGAAUCGUAUGAAGAUAAAUUAAGAGAUAUAUUUGAUUUUUACGACGAAGAUCAUGACGGAUAUAUAGCUGUGGAUCAUGUACAGAGUGUGUUGACGAAGGAACAAUUCGGAGCUGCACAGCCUCAGGAAAUAACUGGCAUAAUCAACCUUUUGGACCCUGAUGGAACAGGCAUUAUAGGCUUUCGUGACUUCUGUGAAGGGGUAAAACAGUUAGCAGCGAUUCAAACUCAAGUUCACUCUCCUGAAAACAGUUUGCGAGGAAGCUGUAGCCUUGAAACUCUGGUACCAGUUGAUAUACAUUCUCCAGAACUGUCUUUAACAGAGAGACAAAUAGCAGAUGGAAAGCAUGCUUUUUCAGACUAUGACAUAUCCAGCAUUGAUGAGCCCAAUAGUAGUGAUUUUGUUGUGAACGGUGGCCUGUCAUCCACCCUGACUUUCAGUUCUCAUCUGGUUCCACCAACCUCAGAGGACGAAGGGGAUAGCGCCAUCAGUGGCAAGUCAUCAGAGCUUAAUGACAAUAGCCGCCAGGAAGUGACUGAUGAAGACAACUAUGAAGAUUAUGGGGAAUCGGAAGCAGAUGUAUCAGAUCAGGGAUUACUUACUCCAGUUACUUUAAGGAAAAGUCAGGACAAAAAGGAAAUACUGUCAAGGCCUCACAAACGAACAUGCCCCAACAGAAGACUCACAUCUGCUGCUUAUGCUAGGCAGCUUCAACGAGAUUCGCAUUCUCCCAACAGUACAAGGAGAAGUAGCUUUGGGUCAGAUAUAGUCUACGAUGACAUAGAUGGCAACUUCCAAAACAUAGAUGACCGGAUGAAGUAUCUUGAAUCCCAAAUUCACAAGUUGUCUGACAAUCAACUCACAACACACUCAACUUUGAAAAAAGAAAAUUCUUCUCUCAAAUCAAAAGUACAUGACCUUGAGGCCCAGCUACAGCUGAUGGAUGUUAGAACAGAGGAGAGACUGAAUGAGGAACGUCACAAACACCAAGAAUAUAUUACUCGACAAAACAGAGGAAAGUCUGAUGCUCAGAUGGAUUAUGUCACACAAAGGCUGCAGAAGGUGGAGCAAGAUAAUGAGAAGUUGACACAGGAACGACUUCAACUGCGUACAGAAAUUCACCAAGUAAGAACUGAAAAACUAGACCUGCAGGAUGCAUAUGACACCCUCUCUGAUGAGCAGCAGAAGUUACAGACAGAAUUACACAAAAUUACACAGCAGAGUGAGCAUGAGCGGCAGACGACAGGACAGCUCCUGGAUGAACUUGGAAAAGAACUGGAAGACUUGCGCAGAUACAAGAUAGAACAGGAAACAUUUCAAGGGCGGAAAGGAAGUGUGGGGGAUCUACCAGCCCGCUAUCAAGAUCUGCAAACUGAAUUACAGAAACUGAAAGAGAUGUAUAUGGAUGAAUGGAGAAACUUGUUCAAGGAGAACAAGAUCCUGAAAGACUCCAAUGAAGACUUAAAUGCUCAGCUACUAACUCGAUGUAUGGAGGAGGGCAGGUCAUUGCUGCGAGAUACUAGUGGAACAACACUUGCAGAGGAACUAGAGCACCUGACAAAGGAAGAGAAUAUUGUGGACGAAGAUUUUAGAAAGCAGCUGCUUGAGAGGCUGAAGAAAGAACAGGAAAUCAACUUGAGAUUGAAGCAGUAUGUUGACAAGAUCAUCCUAACCAUCAUUGAGAAAAACCCAUCUCUCCUAGAAAUAACGAAACAGUGAUCAUUGGGUUCACCCACAAUAUUCUGUGCAUUUGGUACAUACAUGCCUAUAUACCUCUUUUCACAAACACAGGGGGUCACAUACAGAGAUUCUUCUCUCCUCUCUCUCUCUCCUCCCCCCCCCACACACACACAAAAAAAAUCAUGUUCGCACAUACGUGCACACACACACACACACUUUGUACAAUCUAUGUGAAUUGGUGUGGUAUCAGAGGCAGUGAUUAUUUAUUCAACAAUAUGACAUUUUUUGUUUAUUUAACUGGCCACUGAAUUGAGACUUCUGCACAAAUGAUCUCCUGGCAGUAUGGCACAAUUCAUGCAGUGUGGCAGAAACAAUAUAAAUAGUUGCCAAUUGCAUAGAAUGAAUGAUGAAUCAAUAUAUUUAUAUGAAGUCAAAUGCACGUUAUUGCUUGCUCCACCAAAUGCUAAUACACUGAUGUUCAUGUAUGUGUACAAGGAUGUAAAGAAAGUCACAUAUUUUUGUUCAAAUUCUAUGUUCACCUCUGUGUCCCAAGUAUAAACCCAUCAAAUAGCAUUCACUUCAGAAGACUUUCUUGGCUUUGCAGCUUAAUCCUAAUCUUAAAUUGCUAGAAAAAAAUUGUUGUCAUCCACAAGCAGGUAUAAUGAAAAGCAGGGCUUAAAUGAAAUAGAUGGGACUUACAUGCCUUCUAACUGCCUGCUGCUGUCUUCACCCAGUAAUCAUGUAUACUAUGUUUGUAUACCAUAUUUUAAUGAAUAUAUUUGAAAUAAUAUGAUGCGUAGCACUUUUGUUCAGCUGAUCUCUGUUGUCGGAUUUGUUUAUAUGUAUGGAUAUGUUUGUCAAGUCACCAUUGAGUCUCACGAUCACGAAAACAUGUUGAUCUAUCAGAGUCAAACUACAACAAACAUUACUAUUAACGAGUCAAUAUAUCCAUUCUCUCUCAACUAAAGUUUGUUUCAUGGGGUCAUUGCUGAUAGCUUGCACACACAAUUUUGCUGAAUUUAAUGUUAACAAUACGGAAUAAAAUUUUGAGUAAAUUCAACAGAAUAGAUUAAAACUCGAAGUCCAGAAAUACAAGUAUGCAUUGAUGCAAUAUAUCAAAUUCCCCACCCAACUUCUAUUCCCCACCCAACAAUCUUAUCUACAAUGUAAGUGAAAGCAAAA